AUGACAGGCUGGAAGCGCGUGCCCAACACAGACACGACAAUUUUAACAAUUUUAACGGCUGGUAAGAAUUUUUGUUUUGCCUCUUACUAUGGUGACCACAUGGUAUUGCAGAAGUCUCCUGAGAGAUCGGUGCUGUGGGGUUAUGGCAGCCCUGAGGGAGCGCUGGUCACUGUUUACUUAUCAGGACCAACGGAACACAAAAGCCUACCUGCAACUGUGGAGAAAGGCAUCUGGCGAGUCACCCUUGACCCCAUAGAGGCCGGCGGUCCCUACAACGUGACCGCGGUUCUUCAGAACACCUCAGCCACUCUGACCGAUGUGUUGUUCGGGGAUGUUUGGCUUUGUGGUGGUCAGAGCAACAUGUACUUUAAAACAUCCCAGAUUUUCAAUGCAUCUGAGGAACUCGCUAUUGCAUCCAAGUAUCCUCAUGUGAGGACUUUUAUGGUAGCCUUAAAGAUGAGUAACACAGAACGGACAGAUCUGAUUGGAGUGUCGCUACCAUGGUCUGUACCUGAAACAAGUGGUCUUUCAGAGUUCUCUGCAGUGUGUUGGCUUUUUGGACGUUACAUGUACAAGACCCUGAAGUACCCGAUAGGACUGGUGGAGUCCUGUUGGGGUGGGACGCCCGUCGAGGCCUGGUCAUCUUCAAGAGCACUUCAGCAAUGUGGACUAGACUGGAAUGACAAAGGGGACAACUCUGUCUUGUGGAAUGCAAUGAUUCACCCACUGCUCAACAUGACACUCAAAGGAGCCCUCUGGUACCAGGGUGAAAGAAAUACAAAUUAUCACCAAAACAAAUACAACUGUUCUUUCCCUGCCAUGGUAAAUGACUGGAGAAUGGCGUUUAACCUGGGCUCAGGUGGCCAGACUGCUAUGGAUUUUCCCUUUGGAUUUGUCCAGCUGUCCACCAACAUAAAAGGCUCCACAGAUGACGGCUUUCCAAACAUCCGCUGGCACCAGACAGCUGACAAAGGCUUUGUUCCCAACUCUCAUCUGCAAAAGACCUUCAUGGCUGUGGCUAUGGAUUUGCCAGAUGAGACCUCACCAUACGGCACCAUCCACCCUCGUGACAAGCAGGAUGUAGCAUACAGACUGACACUUGGAGCACGAGCAGUGGCCUACAAUGAGAAGGAUGUGGCCUUCCUUGGACCUUUCCCGAAACACAUCCUGUCUAAUCCAAUGUAUGUCAACAUCACCUACGACCAGGCCAUCGCUGUCAAGCCAUCUAAAGACAUCUUCGAGAUCUGCUGUUCACAAUCACAUGCCCCUUGUGGGUUUCAAUCCCUGUGGAUUCCUGUGUCCAUUGUCCAGUGGACUAUCACCAGCAUUCUGAUAUCCGCCAAAGUCUGCAAAUCAACUACUGAGAUAGCAGCUCUACGAUACGCAUGGAAGGACUGGCCGUGUGAUUUCAAAGCAUGCCCUGUCUAUGGCGCAAACACAGCAUUACCUGCGCCCCCUUUUUUGAUCAAUCGCUAUCAGAAAACCCCUGGCAAAUAUUGCAACUAG